CGCGCAUACCUGUCCGCGGGGAGCGAGAAGCAUAGCAGACGUUCAUAACGAAAGUGCGGGUUAAACGUGACACUUUCUAGACUCAGUUCCGUCUGUAACCGGUUCAGGUUCCCGGGUUGUUUUUAAUUCAGAUUACACGCGGGAGAAAGAGAGAGCUCGCGCUAUGGGACUCUGUUGUCGGUGGUUGUUCGCGGUGUGGUGCCUACAGGUGUGCAGUUCCGGUGCGGCACAAGUCUCCGCGUUUAGCACGGCUUACAUUAACGUGUCUUUCGUUUCCCCCGAAACUAACCAGACGACGUGGUGGCGCGAGGAGAUGGGGCUGUACGGUAUCGAGUCACCGACCUACACCGUGACCGGGACCGUGUACCUUGCCGACCCGAUUCACGCAUGCGCCAACGAUACAAGGUUCGAGCGCCCCGUGAGCUCCGCGCCUUGGAUAGCGCUCGUGGAGCGGGGCAACGGAUGUAUAUUCACGUCUAAGAUCAACGCGGCCGCGCGCAGCGGAGCCUCGGCAGCAGUCAUCUUCAACGACUAUGGUUCCGACAACCGGGUCAUGCGGAUGUCACAUCCAGGCACCUCGAUCGUGGCGGUGAUGAUCGGUAAUGCUCACGGAACAAAGCUGGUGAAGCUGCUGCAGUGUGAUGUGUCCAUCUCAAUGACAAUAGAGGUGGGGCUUCAGCGUGGCUUGUGGAUGAGUCACUACUCCAUCUUAUUCAUCUCCAUUUCCUUCUUCAUGAUCACCACGGCAACUGUGUGCUACUUCAUCUUCUACUUUGCACAGAGACUCAACAACAUACGUCGUCAGAACCAUAAACAGAAACAGAUGAAGGCAAAAGCAAAGAAAGCGGUUGGUCAGCUCAAGGUUCACACACUCAAACAAGGAGAUAAGGAGACAGGACCAGAUGCUGACUCAUGUGCUGUGUGUAUUGAGUCUUAUAAACCGGGAGACGUGCUCUCUGUCCUUACAUGCAAUCAUUUCUUCCAUAAGGCAUGUGUUGAGCCGUGGUUGAUGGAGCACAGGACCUGCCCGAUGUGCAAGUGUGACAUCCUCAAAGCCCUCGGAGUAGAGACGGAUGUUGAGGAGCAGCACAUGUCGACGGUCACUUCUGAUUUGCAUUCGUUUCCCAGCAGCACUGAGUACUUUCACACACACUCCGACUCAGUCUCCAGCAUACACCCCAAUUCCGAGGCUCACACACACAGCGAUGCUGCCUUUUCCGGAUAUGAAUCUCUGCAUGCAACAGAGCAGCUGGGUCCUGCUGACCACACACAUGAAGGUUUGGAGGCAGUGUGUUUGGAAGUGCCACCGCACUACGAUAACCCCGCCUUUGAGAGUGAAACUCGCAGCUAGGAGACCAGCCAAACACACUGUGAUUGUAAACACACACACACACACACACACGCACACACACACACAUACACAUACAUGUUCACAUACACACAUACACUAUACAUACAUUUACAGUCACAGGAAUGGAUUUAAAAAUGCAUUUUGUUUAAUUUCUCUGUGUGAGUAAAUUAAUUAAUGACCUCAUGCUGUGGUUAAUGGGAGGAAAAUCUCUCUCUUCUCUUUAUGUCUGGGUUGUGUGUGCGCGUGUCUGUGUACUGGAGAAACACACAGUUUACCAGCUCCCUCUGCUGGACAUGUGUUGCAUUACCUCUCUCUUUCUCUCUCUCUCACACAGACACACAUUCAGUAUAUACUGAUUUUGCCAUGUGACCGGUGUUCCUGGUUCAAUAUGGGUGCAGCUUAUGUAAAUUUGUUAAACGUAAUCACGUGACAUCCCCGCUAGCUUCUCUUUCCACUUGUUCAGAUUGAUCGGCUCUUUAAUGCUGUAUAGCGACUGCUAGGGAGGUAACGUUAAUGUUCGCUAUGUUAACUAGUGCUGUGCGUAGGUGACUGGCUAGCAUAACUGGGUUUUAUGCCCACAAAUACUAAAGAAAUAAAAACAGAAGCUAGUGGUAAUGUUAUACAGUUCAGAUUAUACUUAAGCUCCGCCCUCACAGACUCAGACACGCCCGUCACUCAGCACAAAAAGCUUGCUAUUUUUCAAAAAAACUUUAAAAUUAUUAAAAUUUUACGAACUAUUUUACAAAAUAUCAAAAUGUAAGUGUCCUUUAUAUGUGUGUGUGUGUGUGUGCGCUUCACAAUGUGGCCUUAUUGGUAUCUUCUGUACUCUAUGAACUACUGAGAUGAACUGUUAAAUAAGAGAUGUAAUUUUAAUCAAAUUAUAUUGAUAUGAAAAUGUAAACUGUAAAUAAAGUCUCCUUUUAUCAUGAAA